AUGCACCAAGGCCAGGAGAAGUGUGCCGAGGCCAAAGUCUCGAUUUUGGGCGGCCACACGGUGGAAGAUUUGGAGCCCAAGUACGGCCUCGCCGUGAUAGGUGUGGUUCACCCGAAGAAGGUUUGGCGCAACAACGCCUUGCGAGCUGGCGAUAGCUUGAUUCUGACCAAGCCGAUUGGAACCGGAAUUCUGGGAACUGCACAGAAGAAAGGCUUGCUGGAACCUGGGACGCGGAAGCAGCUGGAAGACACGCUGCUCCAGCUGAACAAGACAGCCGCUGAGGUGGCGCAUGCCGAAGCGGAGGUCCACGCAGCCACGGAUGUCACUGGCUUUGGCUUGCUGGGACAUCUGAAGGAAAUGCUCACACCAGAAGACUCUGAGCCUGCAGCUAAACGAGCGCGACAAGGAAAUGGUGAAAGCCGGUUCUUGUGCGCUGUGAUCAGUGCUCAGGCAGUGCCUUUGCUGCCACAGGCCAAAGACUUGGCUGGAAACGAUCAAUGCGUGCCUGGAGGCUCUUUGAAUAACUUGAAGUUGGUGGAACCCACGACCUGCUUCCCGAAGGGCAUAUCCAGGGAAAUGAAGCUUCUGCUUGCAGACGCACAAACCUCUGGAGGCCUUUUGUUGGCCGUGCCUGGAGAUGGGUCGAAGUUGGUGGCUGCUUUGCAGAAAGCCGGUUUGCCCAGAACCGCGCGGAUCGGAGAGGUCAGAGAAGCAACACAAGGAGCCACCAUCGUAGUGGAACCCUGA